AUGACAGUGCCCACCAGCGCAGGGGCUCCAGCAGCUCAUCAACACAGCCAGCAGCAGCAGCAGCAGCAGCAGCAGCAGCAGCAGCAGCAGCAGCAGCAGCAGCAGCAGCAGCAGCAGCAGCAGCAGCAGCAGCAGCAGCAGCAGCAGCAGCAGCAGCAGAUAAGCACGUUUCGCACACCGGGACGAACCUGGUCAAAGACGAUGACACUGUCGGGGGGAGGGGCAGGGUGGGCAGGCGCAAGGGUUGGGACCGAGUGGCAUUAUGUGCGGGUCAAAGUGGCCUGCUGA